AUGACGACCCUCACCAAAGUGGCCCAAGGCCAGCCAGCAGAGCUAUCCAUCUAUCCUAAGCGUAAGCUCAGCAAAAUCAACAACAAUAUCUAUGGCGGCUUCACAGAGCACAUGGGCCGGUGCAUCUACGGCGGUAUCUACGAUCCAGAUAACUCGAACAAGGAUCUGAUUGACGAGCAUGGCUUUCGAAAAGAUGUCAUCAAGGAGAUGAAGGAGCUCAAUGUCCCAGUCGUGCGUUACCCCGGAGGCAACUUCUGCGCUACCUAUCACUGGCUCGAUGGAGUUGGACCUCGUGAGAAGAGGCCUAGGCGUCCGGAGCUGGCUUGGCUUGGAGUCGAGAGCAAUCAGAUCGGGACGGACGAGUUCAUGAAGUGGUGUGAGCUUGUUGGGACGGAGCCUUACUUGUGCUUGAAUAUGGGAACUGGUACGCUUGACGAAGCACUCGCAUGGGUGGAAUAUUGUAAUUCUACUCUCGACACUUAUUACGCCAACAUGCGACGUCGGAAUGGUCGGGAGAAGCCGUACGGAGUCAAGUACUGGGCCUUGGGCAAUGAAGUGUAUGGCCCGUGGCAGGUCGAGCAGAACACCAAAGAGGACUACGCAAAGAAAGCCUACCAAUGGGCCAAGGCUCUCAAGCUGCUGGACCCAUCACUCACCCUCAUACUAUGCGGCGAGAUCGGCACAUCGCACUGGGACCACCACGUCCUCAAAGAGUGCCUCAAAGUCGAAACGCAUGCGCUCGGCGGCAGCGACACCGCAGCAUUGAUGGACAUGCACUCCAUACACCAAUACACGACCUCCAACGACCCCAUCAAGAACGCCUUUGCUCCCAGAUCUGCCGAACGUGCCAUCGAGGUCACCGCUUCCCUGAUCGAUCUGGCCCGCAUCCAGAAUGGUGUCUCUCCCAAGGUACCUCGACAGAUGAUUUGCUUCGACGAGUGGAACGUCUGGGACCCUCAACGAGCGGUUGGCGAGAAAGGAGCUGAAGAGCGGUAUACCCUCUCUGACGCUCUGGCUGUUGCAAUCUGGCUCAAUGUGUUCGUUCGGCAGAGCAGAUAUGUCGGCAUGGCGAAUAUUGCUCAGUCUGUCAACGUCAUCUCUCCGCUCAUGACGACGAAGGAAGGCCUGGUAAAGCAGACGACUUGGUGGCCACUACUGCUGUUCAGCAAAUACAUGCGUGGCUGGACCAUUGCCACGCAUACGAGCAGUCCUUGCUACGAGGGCACGACUGAGCCAAAGUGGUUGCAGAACGCUGGGGAAACUCCGUGGUUAGACGUGUCCGCUACAGUCGAUGAUGACGGUUCGGUGAACCUGGUUGUCGUCAACGUGAACCCGGACGAGAGCUUUCAGCUUAAGCUUGAUGGGAUGGAAGGUGAUGACAGGAGCGUUGAUGCCUACACUGUGACUGCAAACAGCUGGAACGCGGUCAACACGGCAGACAAAGAAGAGGUCAGCUUGGAGCAUCAAUCACACAGCAAGUUGAAGGAGUACACGUUCCCGAAGAUGAGUAUAACGAUGCUUCGGUGGAGGACAGGGUGA